AUGUUGGGCUAUGGUCCGAGUAAUCAGCAAAUGCUUAAGUCAAUAAGGCCGCCGAACGGAUAUUUGGAAGAGCAAAUAGCUUCAAAAAUAAAUGAAAUUAAAGCAGGGAGUUCACUCGAUGACUCCAUGUAUCGAGAUUAUGAAGACAUUCCUACCAGCUUUGGUCUCAAAAGGUUGUGGGGAAAAUGGCGCCGAAGGAGGACAUCCACGAGACCGCCAACAACCCGUGAUCCAUUCUCCCGACCUACGAUUCCAUCAUCAACAUUAGAUCCUUCAAAAUCCACUGCUAUUCCAACUUCAACAGGAAUGCCAACGACAUCCACAGCGAUUCCGACAUCUCAGGAUACCACAACACAGACACCGACAACAUCCACAGCGAUUCCGACAUCUCAGGAUACCACAACACAGACACCGACAACAUCCACAGCGAUUCCGACAUCUCAGGCUACCACAACACAGACACCGACAACAUCCACAGCGAUUCCGACAUCUCAGGAUACCACAACACAGACACCGACAACAUCCACAGCGAUUCCGACCUCACCGACACCUUAA